UACUUCAACAAUCACCCCCCUAACACUAUCACGCCUCAAUGACACAGUGAAACAAAUGUUCGAAGCUUCACGACUCUGCCUCUGGUUUGUUGACAGGCGACGCGCGGCUCGGCGAGACACACAGGCACAGACAGACAGACGCCCAGGGGAACGCCGGCGCUAUGGAGCAACGAAUGGACGUAGCGCGCCCUGUGGAGGACCCCUUGGAGGUUUCCGGUGACGACCCCAUGGAGUAUGAGUAUGACAAGAACAUCCGGAGAUCCUCGCUGGGUGGGGACUCGGUGUUGGAUCAGGACUUCAGUGAUGAGGUGGAGGUGGACGGGGGUUCACUCACGCCCUUAGAGACAGUGCUGGGGGCUCAGUACGCCGAUGACAUUUUCACCAACAGGAAGGCGGCGGAGACUCACUACCACGUUGAAAAUUGUAUGGCCAACCAGCCGCAGGUAACUCAACACAUGCGCUGCACACUGAUUCACUGGCUGCAGAAGGUGAACCAGCAGCUGCAUUUCGGUUCAGAGACGCUGUUUGUGGCUGUGAGUCUGUGUGAUCGCUUCCUGGCCACCACCUCACUGGCGCAAGACUGUCUGCAGCUCCUCGGCCUUUGCUCUCUCCUGGUCGCUGCGAAAAUGGAGGAGAAUGUGCUGCCCCGAGUGAGCGAGCUGGCUAGGAUCUGCGGGGCGAGUUACAAGCAUCACCACUUCACCAGGAUGGAGGUGUUGCUGCUCUCCAAACUAGAGUUCGCUCUCUACUGCCCCACCAGCUGGUACUUCCUCAACCACCUGGCACUCAAGGCGACCCAGCACGGCACGAUGGACAGGCGUGUGCUGGGUGUAGCGCGGUACGUGACGGAAACAUGUAUUGGGAGCUAUGCGGUGACCCAACACAGAGCCAGCGUGCAGGCGGCGGCGGCACUCACGGCAUCCCUCACCCUGCUGCCCUGCCCUGACCUCUCCACCACCCUGCACACCCUACUGACUGACCUCUACACUGAAGAUGAAAGAAAAGAUAUUCGCUUCUGUUCCUUCCUUAUGACACAAUACAUGAAGCCUUUUCUGGAACCUCUAGGCCUCGACCACGCCCACCACCACCCCCCAGAUCCUCCCAGCGACCCCACCCACGCCCCCGGGAGCCCCACGCCCUCAGAAACACCGCAGGACCUAAGGGCGUGUGGAGGUGGUGGUGUGUAAGGUUUGUGUUUGUUUUGGUGACCCGCACACGUGACUCUGGUGUUGGUUAUGACGAUGGUGAGGAGGAGGAGGAGGAGGAGGAGGAGGAGGAGGAGGAGGAGGAGGAGGAGGAGGAAGGGGAGGAGGUAAUAUAGUGAUGAUAGUGAUGGUUACGAAAGGAUAGGAAGAGGAAGAAGAGGAAAUGGUUGGGUGAUAUGAUGAUUAAAAUGAAUAGGAGGAAUAGGAAGAGGAGGAGGAGGUAGAAUAGUGAUAACAAUAUACGAAGAGGACGAAGAGGAGGAG